AUGAAACAUCUUCUUAUAUUUAGCAUAAUUUUAGUUACCAGUUCGGCUUUCAAAUGUCCAACAUCAGAAAAAAACCCUACUUAUUAUCCAGAUGAAAAAGAUUGCAAGUUUUUUUAUCAAUGUUCGAAUGGAAGCUCUACUCAUUUACAAUGCGGUGAAACUUUAGUAUUUAAUCCUGAAAUAAAAGUUUGCGACCGACCCCAUAAUGUACCAUCUUGUAACACAUUUGUUGAAAAUGAAGAGUUAGGUACAAAUGAAGAGUUAAGUACAAAUGAAGAGUUAGGUACAAAUGAAGAGUUAAGUACAAAUGAAGAGUUAGGUACAAAUGAAGAGUUAGGUGCAAAUGAAGAGUUAGAAGAAGAUAAAGAAAAAAAUAUAGGUGAAAUUAAUUUCGAACUUCAAAUAAACUAAUAUGUUUAAACGAAAUUUGAAUCAUAUUGAAAUUUGAUUAUAUUAAUUCCAAAUUAA